AAUCUGGGCAAGUCUCAAGUUUGAGCCUUCGUCACCGAAUAAAGCAACGAAAGGCCAGGGAAAGCGGUCAGACUAGCGUGACUAGUCAAUAUUGAGCGAUGCAGAUCUGCGACUUCCAAUUUGCUCAUUCAAGCUUCAGCUUUGCUUUGCUUUGCCUCAAUCAAAGCAUACAAAUUUUAUUCCCAUCUCUUGGGAGCACAACGUAGACAGUGCCGGUGCUGGUUCAUCCGAACCUUCAUCUUUCUGUUCAUGAUGCGCUCUAUCCUUGUCACACUUGCCAUCCGUUUACGAUGAACGCCGUGGAUGCUUCGGAGCAUUAUGAGAGUGUUGCUACUGAACCAGCGCCUUCGCUCCUUGCAAUCGUUCUCGAUGUCAAUCCCCAUGCUUGGGCAUUGCUUGAAGACCAGUUACCUUUCUCCAAGGCACUGGCCAAUUUAUUAGUGUUUAUAAAUGCACACCUCGCGUUCAACUACACAAAUGAAGUCGCUGUGGUUGCAUCUCAUAGCCAGCGUGCGGCGUGGCUAUACCCUACACAUAGCCAACAACAAAAGACCUCGACGAAUCGACAGGAUGCCGAUGGAGAUAUUGAAAUGAAUGGACAGGAGGCGCACAAUAUCCAUUCUUCGCGUACUUCCACCCAAAAUAACAUGUAUCGUCCGUUUCGAGUGGUCGAGGAACAAGUGCUGGAGAAUGUCAGAGAACUUUUGGCUUCGACGGAUGCGUCUGAUGUGAGCGCCACUUCGACCAUGCUAGCUGGUGCCUUGACACUGGCGCUCAGCCAUAUCAACCGGCGAACUAUGACCUGGACAGAAACACACGGUAACAGUAGCGUUGAUACUGCUAAUGCGGCCACGGGUUCAUCAUCGGCGGCAGCUGUAUCAGGCGGUAAUGUCAGUCUGGGACUCCAAAGUCGGAUUUUGAUUGUUUCCGUCAGCAGUUCUACGGAUUCUGCGCAUCAAUACAUCCCAAUUAUGAAUAGCAUCUUUGCGUGUCAACGACUACAUAUCCCUAUUGAUGUUUGCAAGCUGAGCGGCGAUGCCGUCUUCUUACAACAAGCAUCAGACGCUACACGAGGAGUCUACAUGUCUCUGACCGAGCCUCGAGGCCUCCUACAGUACCUCAUGAUGGCAUUCCUCCCCGAUCAGCGAUCUCGAAAGCACCUUGUCCUACCUUCACGAGUCGAUGUUGAUUUCCGAGCGGCUUGUUUCUGUCAUCGCCGCGUGGUUAAUAUCGGCUUCGUAUGUUCGAUAUGUCUUAGCAUUUUUUGCGAACCGCCAGAGAAUGGCGACUGUUUGACCUGCGGCACACAUUUAGAGAUUGGAGAUUAUGGCGCAAGACCGGCAGUACUGGGAAAGAAAAAGAAGAAAAAGAAAGCACGCUUGAAUGGGUCGUCAGCAACCGCAACGCCAACACCGACAGCCACUCCUGGCUGAAUGCAUUUUAUCUAAUUGGGAAAGGGUAAACAUUUAGGAUUAUAUAUAUGUGAACCAAACAAAAUAAUAGAAGCUACUCA